GAGAAGGCGGCGGCGGCGGCGGCGACCCGGGCCGGGAAGAUGGCGCCGCCGGUGAUGGAACGGGGGCUGAAGAGCGUCGUGUGGCAGAAGAUAAAAUCAGCAGUGUUUGAUGACUGCAGGAAAGAAGGCGAGUGGAAGAUAAUGAUUUUAGAUGAAUUUACCACUAAGCUUUUGUCAUCAUGCUGCAAAAUGACAGAUCUUCUAACUGAAGGCAUAACUGUUGUGGAGAAUAUUUAUAAGAAUCGAGAACCUGUCAGACAAAUGAAAGCUCUUUAUUUUAUCUCUCCAACAUCAAAGUCUGUAGACUGUUUUUUACGUGAUUUUGCAAGUAAAUCGGACAACAAAUAUAAAGCAGCAUAUAUAUACUUCACUGACUUUUGCCCUGAUAGUCUCUUUAACAAAAUUAAGGCUUCUUGCUCCAAGUCUGUAAGAAGAUGUAAAGAAAUAAAUAUAUCCUUCAUUCCACUUGAAUCUCAGGUAUAUACUCUUGAUGUACCAGAUGCAUUCUAUUACUGUUAUAGUCCAGACCCUAGUAAUGCAAACGGAAAAGAUGCCGUUAUGGAAGCAAUGGCUGAACAGAUAGUUACAGUAUGUGCUGCCCUGGAUGAAAAUCCUGGAGUAAGAUAUAAAAGUAAACCUCUAGAUAAUGCCAGCAAACUUGCCCAGCUUGUUGACAAAAAACUUGAAAACUACUACAAGAUUGAUGAAAGAAGUCAAAUAAAGGGUAAAACUCAUUCCCAGCUCAUAAUCAUUGAUCGUGGCUUUGAUCCUGUGUCCACUGUCCUGCAUGAACUGACUUUUCAGGCAAUGGCAUAUGAUCUGCUACCAAUUGAGAAUGACACAUACAAAUACAAAACAGAUGGGAAGGAGAAAGAGGCCGUCCUUGAGGAAGACGAUGACCUCUGGGUCAGGAUUCGCCAUCGGCACAUUGCUGUCGUGUUAGAGGAAAUCCCUAAGCUUAUGAAGGAAAUUUCAUCAACAAAGAAAGCGACAGAAGGAAAGACAUCACUUAGUGCUCUUACCCAAUUGAUGAAAAAGAUGCCCCAUUUCCGAAAACAGAUAACCAAGCAAGUUGUCCAUCUUAACUUAGCAGAAGACUGCAUGAGUAAGUUCAAGUCUAAUAUAGAAAAACUCUGCAAAACCGAACAGGACUUGGCACUUGGAACUGAUGCGGAAGGACAGAAGGUGAAAGAUUCUAUGCGAGUUCUCCUUCCAGUCCUACUCAACAAAAAUCACGAUAAUUAUGAUAAAAUAAGAGCAAUCCUACUUUACAUCUUCAGUAUUAAUGGAACUACAGAAGAAAAUUUGGAGAAGUUAAUCCAGAAUGUAAAGAUAGAAAAUGAAAGUGAUAUGAUUCGUAACUGGAGUUAUCUUGGUGUUCCCAUUGUCCCCCCAUCUCAACAAGGCAAACCAUCAAGAAAGGAUCGGUCUGCAGAAGAAACUUUUCAGCUCUCUCGCUGGACCCCCUUUAUGAAAGAUAUUUUGGAGGACGCCAUCGAUAAUAGACUAGACUCGAAAGAAUGGCCAUAUUGCUCUCCAUGUCCGGCAGUGUGGAAUGGCUCGGGCGCUGUAAGUGCUCGCCAGAAACCCAGAGCUAAUUAUUUAGAGGAUCGAAAAAAUGGGUCAAAGCUGAUUAUUUUUGUAAUUGGAGGAAUUACAUACUCUGAAAUGCGUUGUGCAUAUGAAGUUUCUCAGGCACAUAAAUCCUGUGAAGUUAUUAUUGGUUCUACGCACAUUUUAACACCCAGAAAGCUGUUGGAUGAUAUUAAGAUGCUGAAUAAGCCCAAGGAUAAAGUCUCCUUUAUUAAGGAUGAAUAACAUACUCUUUUGGUUUGAGAUUCUUAUUAAUAUGGCUUACUAAAAGAUGAAGUCAAUAUGGCUGUCUUGUAAUUUAAACAAUGUAAAUAUUUUAUGGAAUAAUUCAGAUAUAUUUCUUAUGGGCUGUUUAUGACUACAUAUCACUAGAUUUUUCAGUUUAAUAAUUUAAAUGUUAUUGCUGCUUUGUAGAUGAUGUAAGAUGUUAAAACACUUUCUUAAAGGAAAUUUUUUCACCUUUGGAACAAAAUACAGAGUUGUAGGUAAUUUUUUACAGUCACCUGUGUACAUACUAAUUACUUGGAAACUUACCUGCCCUUUGAUGAAAUAGUUUUUGGAUUGGAGGAGGCGGGAAAGGAAUGACUUUUAAUGAAAAGUUAUUAAAGUAAAAGCUAUAAAUGUGAGUGAAUCAUAGAAUGAUUUUCUAUGUGAAGUUUUUCUUUCAUCUGAAACACCUUUAUGUGUAGAAUAAUUCAAACAUUCAUAGAAAUAAAAUUAUUUCACAGAGCCAGAUCAAAGUAUCUUGUUUAGGACCAAAGAGAUAGUAUAGGAGUUAAGGUGUAUGUCUUGCUUGUGGCAGAUCCCUGUUUUGUCCCUGGCACUGCAUGGUUUCCUGAGCAUUGCCAGGAGUGACCCCUAAGCACCAAGUUGGUAAUAACCCCCCAGCACUGCUGAGUAUGCCUCUAACGCCUCCCCCCCGAAGUAUCUUUCCUAGAUACUUAUAUUAUAUCAUUUUAAGCCAUGUGUGGGCCGGAGUGAUAAUACAGCAGGUAGGAUGUUUACCUUGUACAUGGCCGACCCGGGUUCAAUCCCCGGCAUCCCAUGUGGUCCCCCAAGCAUCACCAGGAGUAAUUCCUGAAUGCAGAGCCAGGAGUAACCCCUGAGCAUCGCUGGGUAUGACCCAAAAAGCAAAAAUGAAAUAAAAACCAUGUGUGUUUAUUAGAAAACAAAAUCAUGAACAUUCUAACAAAAUAAAUACUAGAAAAUUACUUGAAGAGGGGAGCGAAAGUGAUGUUGGGAAAUUUAAAGGUUCUAAGCAGAAUUUCGAAGGUAAAUAAUACACCUGCAUUCAGAGAGAUAGUACACAGGUUAAGGUAUUUGCCUUGUAUACAGCCAACUUCAAUUCAAUCCCAACACCUGCCAGGAGUGAUCCCUGAUGCUCAGUCAGGACUGAAACCUGAACACCACCGGGUGAGACUCCCAACCUCCUUCCACAGAAAAAGUGCCAUUAAACUUCACAUUGAUGCCUUUAAUCUUCACACUGUUGAUUUUUUAAAAAAUGUAAUAUUUGGGGACUGGGGUAUGUAACUCAUCAGUAGAGCACUAUUGCAUGUGUGAGGCUCUAGGUUUGAUCCCUGGUGCUGUAAAAACAAAUGAAACAAUUAAGAAAUACGAUGUACUAAUGUUUGCCCACGGUGGAUAGUAUGAGGAUAUGUUUACAUAUAUAUGUGUGUGCGUAACCAUAAUUUUCUUGUUUCGCUUUUUUUAUUUCUAGUGCUGUAUUACUUGGAUGCCUUUGAAAACUUACAAUAUGAAUUUCUAGCAAUGAUAUAACUCAACAGUAUUGAUACAUUUAAAAUACUAUUUAGAAUGUGUAUGUUGAUUCAGUACCUUCUAUAGCCAAGUUCUAAAUUCACCCAUUGUGGGUCUGGAAAGAUAGCCAGGAGUAACCCCUGGGCAUUGCAGUUGUGACCACAAAACAAAAAGAAAAGGAAUUUACCCAUUUUUUUAUUCUAGAACACUAUGAUAGGUUGGUUUUGUUUUUAAUGUUUCACUUUGUUUUAUCCAUGUGUGUUUGAUUUUAGUGUGAAAAGAUGUGGCAGGAAUUUUCCCUUAGCAUUUGGAUCCCCCUGCCCCCAUCUCGUAACACAGGGCAAUUUUUGGAAGCUCAAAGUAGAGUUUUUUUUUGAGCAAUUCAGUUUCUGCCGAUAGUUUGCAUUUGGUCAAGUCACCUGUGGUGGCUGUGUCACUGGACAGGUUAGCUCCAGCAGACAGUAGUUGUAGCAACCAGACUCCCUUUGUCUGCCGCCUCCUCUUCCGUUCCUGUCCCUCCCUCAGAGAGCAGCUUUCUUCGACCUUUCACACCUGAGGGUCGGCACCUGUCCUGCAUGCAGGUGUGGGCCAGGCACUAAGCCAGGGUGCCAGGCCUGUGGUCUGCCGUCUUUGCACCCCUGUAGGCCCACACCAAUUUCUGAACAGGAGGCCAAAGCUCACUGCCUUGAUCAUGUAAGCCAGUUCGUCCCCUUCAGAUUUUUCUGUAAUUGUAAAGGCUUAGUUCUCUGUAUUAAAUCACUUUCUGCUAAACUAUCUAGAGGAUUUUGUGUUCUCAUACAGUAUUUAAUAGGAUCAGUUUAAUUUUUUUCUAGACAACCAUGUACUGUAUCAGAAUUUAGUGGGUAAUCCCUAUUCCCCAAGUAAUCUGAAGUGCUCCCUUUAGACUUAAUUCAUUUUAGUGUUUUGGUAUUUCUGGGUUCUGUUUUAUUGACCUGUAAUCAUGGGAUUUUUUUUUCUCCCUAUCUAAUUUGUAGUAUGUUUUAGAAUGCGAUGUACAUAAAUUCUACCCACGCCUUACUUAAUGUUUUCUGACAGUUCUAUUUUUCUAGAUGAACCUCACUGUUAUUUUUGUUGGUUAUUUCUGGGGGGAGAAGAAGGAGGUGCACCCAACAAUGUUCAGAGGUUACUCCUGGCUCUGCACUCAGGAAUUACUCCUGGAGGUGUUCGGGAACCAUGUGGAAUGCGGAGGAUCAAACCCGGGUCUGCCACAUACAAGGCGAACACCCUACCUGCUGUACUGUCUUUCCAGCCCCAUUUGUUGACUUUUUGAAAAAUGUUAUUUUGGUGUUUUUAUUUGGUUAGCAGUAAAAUUUAUAGAUUUACAUUAGGAAAACUUGAUAUAUUUAUAAUAUUGAAACAAUAUUCAACAAUUUAGAGAAUGUUUUUAUUACCUAAUUCUUUAUGAUGCUGCAUAUUAUCAUAAUAUAUAUAUCUCAUGGUUCUAUCUGGAUUCAAUAUUUUCUUCUAUUUAGAUUCCUCUGUAUACA